AUGUCAAAUGAAAAAUUGUAUCUUGGAAAACAACCCAUCAAAAUCAGUGCCGAUAUAUUCGCCAAAGAAUGCGAUCCGAAUUUGGAAUACAUCCAUCACAAACCUUCGAGGGCUACGGAAACCAAAGUGACAAUGGUAAGGUUCGAUAAAGACAUAAUUAGAGAGCUAGUGGUACCGGAUAAAGAACCCAUCGAGUACCCGGCCGUUUUAUCCAAAGGAGAAUAUGAAAGGUUGAAGAAACAAGCGAAACCAGUGAGUUUGGAGGAAAAGAUGCGAAAGAUCCGAGAAGCCGAACAGCAGAAAAUGAAAAUCCAACAGGAAAGUUUGGAUAGAAAGGAACGUUUAAUGGCGACGCAGAAAACCCAACAGGCUUUACCCGGCACCAAAUUGAACGCCGUCGAAUCGGAAGCCGCCAAAAAUAAUUUAUAUUUGAAACAAAGAUCCGAGGAAUUGAUGAUCGAACAAGACGACAAAGUGAAACAAAUCAGCAAAAUAAUAUUAGCGGCCAAAUGUCGCGCUAUCAGAAACGCCCAAAUAGCCGAAAAGAAAUUAAUAGAAAAGCAGCUGCGAGAAGAAAACGAACGCUUAGAUAAAAUGGCGGAGCAAACGCGACAAAAAAAUAUCCGAUCCGAAGAGAAACGCCGAGCGGAAGCCGAAAUAAAAAGACAAAGAUACGUGAAAGAAGUGCAAGAACAAGUGCAAGAAAACGAAAUGAAUCAACUACUGGAAGCCGAAAAGAUCGAAGAAGAAAGCAGAAUGAUCAACAGAGCGCUGAUAGCUUGGCAAAAAGAAGAAGAACUGAAAGCCGUCGAAAAGAAAAACGUGCAAUCGCGAUUAAAGAAAGAAUUAGACCGGGCCAACGAAGAAGCCGAAUACUACAAAGCGUUACGAGGAGAAGAAGACAGAAUAGCCGACAUGAGGAUAAUGGAAUUCAUAAAAUCCAAACAGCGGCGCGAAGAAGCGCUAGAAAGGGAAAAAACUCUGAUGAAACAGACGAAGGAAAGAGAGAUAGCGCGAAUGGUGGAAAGUCAGGGGAAAUCGCAGGAUUUGAAAGCUCUGAUGGACGAAUUGAACGCGGCCAGAGCGCAAGAGGCCAAAGAAAAGGAAUGGCGGGAAAAAGAGAAACAAGAAGCGAUGAAGAAGCAACGAGUGGUGGAGGAUCUGAAGAAAUCCAGAGCCGAGCAGAUAGAGUACAUCAGGAAAGCUCAGGCUGUGGCGUUAGCUAGGGACGAAGAAGCAUUCAGGAAAGUGGUUGCGACGCAAAAGCAAUUGCACGAUGUCGACGUGAAAAAGCAACGGAAACGGAUAGAGGAUACGGAAAAACACAGAAAAUUCCUCUUGAAGCAAAUAAACGAGAAAGAAAAGGAGAGAAUCAAGUAUCGACAAGAGAAAUUCGAAGACGGGAAAGCCCAGAGACAAGAAUACAUGGUGAAAAAUAGGCGUAUCGAGGAGUAUUUACAACAGAAAAUCGAUCGAUUGAAACAAUCCAAUUUACCUGAAAGUUACGUCAAGGAAAUUGAGAGGCAAAUGAAAUUCGUAAAAUAG